UUUGCCCUUGUGAUCCAUUCGUCCGCCGAACUCGGGUACCCUUUCCAGUGUACCAGGUAUUGGUACCCUCGUCCUCGUUUCCUCUUAUCGAGAAUGUCUUCCACUUUGUAUUCUUCUUGUCCUUCGAUCAGGUCAGGUGGUGGUUGUUCGAAGUUGGGGCCAUGGGCUAUUGUUUCU